UAUGCUGAGUUCCGUCUGCCAUGAGGACCUGGUGGCUCGCAAAAGUGACAUUACUGUUAUUCUUUCACUUUCCGUUUAUAGGAUUUAACAUGACCACCGAACUCCUAUGAAUAUUAGACGUGUUAUCAUUUGUCAUGAGAGCUGUGUUUCGUUGACCAUAUAUUGUGCAAUCUAGACUGAGAAGGGUGAAUACGGCAACAUACGUUGAAGGUUAUUGUGCCUUAUAACAGUUCUGUCCAAAUAAUGAGUGGGAAGAGAGACAAGGCUCAGAAAAAAAUAGCAAGAUGUCUUGCUAUACUUCAGCGAGAUUUGCCAGACAUUCAGCCAUCAGAAACUCCAACAAAGUUUCUCUUCAUAGGGAAUGCCGGGCUAACCACCAAUGCUGAUGAAUCCUCACUGGUCGAGUUGAUAACCAGAACAGGAACCAGUUUGGAAGCCAUAAUGCUGAUACCAGGCAAGCAGUACAGUUUUGCCUGCUUUGCCUCUGAGGACCAAGCCAAACAGGCAUUCGAAUCGGCUCAUGGACAGAUGGACUCCCCUGGGGCCUCUUCACCUGUAUAUAUGGCUUAUGUAGAUAAAGUGCCUCCCAAGCCAGCUGAGCAACUCACUCCCCCACCAGGACUUCAAAUAGUGGAAAAUUUUAUAUCCGAAGAUGAGGAGAACAUGUUGAUGAAUCUCAUCGACUGGGGAGAGAAACCAGGAGAUAAGGCGGAAGGAAGUUUGCUGAAACACCGUCAAGUGCGGCACUUUGGCUACGAGUUCAAGUAUGGCAGCAAUUCUGUGGACAAGGAUAACCCACUGCCAUUUGGUAUACCUGAAGCCCUGAAUGGCAUAGUUAGGAGGAUCGUUGAGCAAGGAUGGAUGCCUGUACCCCCAGAUCAGCUGACAGUUAAUAGAUAUCUCCCAGGACAAGGUAUACCACCUCAUGUGGACACCCACAGAUCCUUCACAGAUGAGAUACUUUCCUUGAGUACAGGCGGAGGAGUCAUUAUGGAUUUCCGGCUUGGAGUGUCGGAAAAACAGCAACACCAUACCAUGUAUCUACCAUCAAGAUCUCUUUGUGUAAUGGCUGGACCUGCAAGGUAUGAAUGGACACAUGGAAUUUGCCCCCGCAUGACAGAUGUUGUGUCAGGAAAGAAUGGAAUUGCAGGACUGCAUCUUUGUCCUCGUCAGGAACGCAUAUCUUUUACCUUUAGAAAAGUUAGGGAAGGAGAAUGCAAUUGUGGUAACAGAAGAGUAUGUGACUCAGCCAUACAAAAUUCAGGCUAUGACCCAAACAAAGGUGCUGCUUCGUCUGAUUCCAUCUCUGAUGAUAUUCAAGCCAUGAGACUAGAGCAACAGCAUGUCCUGCAAGUAUAUGAUCAAAUUGCUGGACAUUUUAGUGCAACGCGAUACAAGCCAUGGCCAAACGUGUUGGAGUUUGUAAACUCAUUACCAUUAGGAGCUGCACUGUUAGAUGUUGGUUGUGGAAAUGGCAAGUAUCUCGGGCACAACGAGAAAAUAUUUCAGAUGGGAUGUGACACCAGCUAUGAAUUAGUCAAGAUUUGCAACACUCGUGGAUUCGAAGUCUUGACCUCCAAUUGCCUGCAGUUACCUUUUAGAGAUUCUACCUUUGAUGCUGUUAUAUGUAUAGCAGUUAUACACCACCUCGCAAGUGAGGAGCGUCGACUGGCAUCCCUAAAGGAAAUGGCACGCGUCCUUAGAAUAGGUGGCCAAGGUCUGGUGUAUGUAUGGGCAAUGGAACAACAGAGAGGAAAAAAGAAAUCUGCUUACCUCAAACAGAAUAAAGCUAACCGGAAGGAUGAAGGGCAUGGAGAAUAUGUGGGUGCAAAUGCUACUAGUGAUAUGGACACAGAGAGUGGAAAAAGUGACAGUUUCUCUUCAGGACUUAAAAAGGAGGUAAUGCAGGAGUCACCAAAAUCUCAGGUAUUACAGGAUGCGCCACUUCCUGUCCAUGUCAACCGCACAGAAUUUGUUCAGCAGGACAUGUUAGUGCCUUGGAAGCUUAAACCACAGAUAAAGAAAGAUACCAAAGAAAAGGGAAAAAACAAGAAAUCUGAUAGUAGCAGCAACAAUAUAUCAGAUAAUGAUAAGUCAAGUAUAGUUUGUGAUAAUCAACAACCCAAACAAGUUGAAAGUAAACAAGGAAAUUCAAGUACGGCAGCAUCUGUCUUAUGUGAUACAACAGUGGAAGGUCAGGAGCCUGUUUUCCAUAGGUAUUACCAUGUCUUUAAACAGGGAGAACUUGAAGCUUUGUGUGGCAAACUGGAAGGGUUAAAAGUUGUAAAGUCUUAUUAUGAUGAAGGAAACUGGUGUGUCAUUUUUGAGAAAUCUGGUUGAGAAUUGUGAUAAUAAAAAGAAAUUAGAGCAAAAGAAACAUUGUUUCUUAAAUAUUUCUAUUUGUAAUUUGGAAUUUGGCCAGCAUAACUAGGGAAAAGAAGUAUUAGUCCUUGAUUUUUAAAAAUUAUAUAUGAUUUUUAACACAAAAUUUUCUAUAUGCAAGGAAAUAUUUAAAUAGAUGGACAUACUUUAUCAACUCUUGUGCAUUUCACUUUUGUUUAGAAAAGAAAGUUUAUGAGAACAGG